CUCUGUCCACUGCGCCGCGUUCUCAUUGUGUUUUUUUCUUUCGCCGCGUUCGUUCGCUUCUGUCCCGCGAAAAACGUUAUGCGCGUGUGUGUGCGUGCUCUCUUCUAGUUGCUCCGCGUUGUUUUGUUCUACGGGCCAGCUAGGCUAGUCGUUCGAUCUAUCUAGGCUCCAACUCUCGCAGAGCGUGCGAGGGCAUGUGUGCUCAAUUCUUAGUGCUAUUCCAUAUGUGCAACUAUUUACCGUAAAAUAAAAUCAAGUGGAAAAGACACGCGAGAAAAGUGAAACAAGAAAACAAAAGUGCAGCAAUUGCUGACGCUCUCUGGCAUGCACUCGCUUUAAUUUUGUGCUUCCUGUGGAAUUAACGGAGAGCAAAGGCAAAGCGUAAUACAGAAACGAGAGCGACAUCAACAAGUGGAGGCAGGCCAGACCAGACGCAACUUUCUUCAGCCAAAAGCCGGCUGAGCGGGAGCCAGCCAUCCAUCAAAAGCGGGCGUAGAAGAAGAAAAACGUGCAAAGAGGAAGCUGAGAUCAGGAGAGGAGAUCAUACUGCGCGCUCUUCUUGUUUUGACUCUGGAAUUUCUUCAAAAUGGCCUCGUUUGCUCCAUUGAUCAUCGUUUCCGUGGCGGCUGUUGUUUCUGCAAGCCGCCUGGAGGAUGCGUUUCUGUUUUGAUAGGCUGUGCUUCGCAACCAAGCGGCCAGCCACAAACAACAAUCGCCAAAGCAGCAGCCACAGCACAAAUGAACCACAGUGCACCAGCACCUGCACCACCGCCGAGAGCCAUAGCCACAGCCAUAGCCAUAGCCCACCUAGCACCACCACAGAUGCAGCAGCAGCAGCAGCAGCAACAGCAACUCCAUCAACAGCACCACCGCAGAAACAGCAACAGAUACACCACCAACCGAUCGGAAAGGGAGGAGAUCUUUUCUAUGCGGAAUAUCAGAAAUUAAAGCCAGCGAUAAUUCAUAGGGAUUACAGGGAUAAACCACCGGAUAUAGAGCCAGAAAACGAGGAGAAGCUUCCCCAAAAGGAGACCCCACCAGCACCACAAGCUCCCAAGAAAUCCCAGACACCUUCCAUACAAACAGAGAUACAGCGGACAGAGCUACAGAUACAACAGCUACAGUCAGAGAUACAACAGACACAUCUACAGCUGCGUCGCUAUCGCCGUCACAGCAGUGCCGAAGAUCGUAGGAAACCGAAGCAGCAGCACCACACGAACCACACGAAGGUACUAUCACCAGAUUCCGAUUUCGUUUCCGAUUCCGCCGGCGAUCCGAAGAUCCGUAAAGCAGCCAGCAUGCAGCAGGAGCCGAACGCCAACUAUCAGUUCCAAACCGACUUGGGUCUGGUGAGCAUCGUCCAGAACGUCGCCAACAACGCCGCGAACACCAACAACGCUUACGCCGCGACAAGCAACAACAACAACAAUAAUAAUAAUCUGCUGGGCGGCGGCGUCGGCAUCGUGACAUUGCCCUCCGCGGGUAAUAACCUUGGACUUUUGGGCCUCGAACAGACGGCGUCGGGUCUACGGCUGAUACAAGCCCCACCGCCGCACUCCGAUGUACUCACCCACACGCUGAUCUACGGCACACCGCCGUCGGGGGCACAGCAGCUGCACACGGACCCCAGGAGUCUGUUGCAUCAACAGGAGCUGCAGCUGCAGCAGCGCUAUCAGCAGUUGCAACAGCUCCAGGCCCAGACGCAGGGACUCUUCUCGUACCACCAGCCGAGUCCGAGCGGUAAUCCGGGAGCGAGUCAGCCGGUGGCAAUACCCGGAGCGGCAACCGUUGCUUCCUGCAACUCGCCCACGCAGCUGCAGGCGCAGCCGCUGCCACUGUCUCAUCCCUCAACGCUGGCCUUGGCGCAGGUGCAGCAACAGAUGCAGGGACUCCGGAUAUCCGGAGGCUGUGGCGCCCCCAGUCCCGGCUCGGCCACCCCCUCACCGGUGGGCAUGGGAGAGCCGACGCUGAUGAUGAGCAACACGGCCGCCUACGUGGCUGCCACGCCGCAGGAGGAGCGCUUCAUACAGAUCAUCCAGGCCAAGGAUCUCAAGAUCCAAGAAAUGCAGCGUGCCCUCCAGUUCAAGGACAACGAAAUAGCGGAGCUUAAAUCCCAUCUGGAUAAAUUCCAGAGCGUCUUCCCCUUCAGCCGGAGCAGUGCCGCCGGUGCGGGCGGAUCCUCGGGCGGCGGUAGUGGCCCCAGCACUGCCACAGGUGCCACCCGCAAGUCCGGACAGACCUUCCAGCGACAGCGUGCCCAGGGUAUAUCCGCAGAGCCUCAAAGUGAAUCCUCGGUGCUGCUGGAGCAUGUCACAUUUCGCAAAUACGACAAGAAUGAGCGCUCCCGUGAACUUAUCAAGUCUGCCAUUCUGGAUAAUGAUUUCAUGAAGAAUCUGGAUCUGUCGCAGAUACGUGAAAUCGUCGACUGCAUGUAUCCCGUUAAGUAUCCAGCCAAGAAUCUAAUUAUUAAAGAGGGUGAUGUCGGCAGCAUUGUUUAUGUUAUGGAAGAUGGACGCGUGGAGGUCUCACGCGAGGGCAAAUACCUCUCGACCCUCUCCGGAGCGAAGGUCCUUGGGGAGCUGGCGAUCCUGUACAAUUGCCAGAGGACUGCCACGAUUACGGCCAUCAGCGAAUGCAAUCUGUGGGCCAUCGAGCGGCAGUGCUUCCAGACCAUCAUGAUGCGCACGGGGCUCAUCCGUCAGGCGGAAUACACGGAUUUCCUCAAGAGUGUACCCAUUUUCAAAGAUCUUGCGGAUGAUACUCUCAUCAAAAUCUCCGAUGUCCUCGAGGAAACGCACUAUCAGCGUGGCGACUACAUUGUGCGCCAGGGGGCACGCGGCGACACCUUCUUCAUCAUCUCCAAGGGCAAAGUGCGGGUGACGAUCAAGCAACAGGAUACCCAGGAGGAGAAAUUCAUUCGAAUGUUGGGAAAGGGCGAUUUCUUUGGCGAGAAGGCGCUUCAGGGGGAUGAUCUACGCACAGCCAACAUUAUUUGUGAUUCCCCCGAGGGCGUGAGUUGUCUGGUGAUUGAUCGCGAGACCUUCAAUCAGUUGAUCUCCAAUUUGGACGAAAUCAAGCAUCGCUAUGACGAUGAAGGAGCCCUGGAACGCAUCAAAAUCAAUGAGGAAUUCCGGGACAUAAAUCUCACAGAUUUGCGUGUGAUUGCCACCUUAGGAGUGGGUGGUUUUGGACGCGUGGAACUCGUGCAGACCAAUGGCGAUACGUCGCGCUCGUUUGCCCUCAAACAGAUGAAGAAAUCACAGAUUGUGGAGACACGCCAGCAGCAGCACAUCAUGUCCGAGAAGGAGAUCAUGGGCGAGGCCAAUUGCCAGUUUAUUGUGAAGCUCUUCAAGACCUUCAAGGAUAAAAAGUAUCUGUACAUGCUGAUGGAGAGCUGUCUCGGUGGAGAGCUCUGGACCAUACUGCGGGACAAGGGAAACUUUGAUGAUAGCACAACGAGAUUCUACACCGCCUGUGUGGUGGAGGCCUUUGACUAUCUGCACUCGCGGAAUAUUAUCUACAGGGACCUGAAGCCGGAGAAUCUGCUGCUGAAUGAUCGCGGCUAUGUGAAGCUGGUGGACUUUGGUUUUGCCAAGAAGCUGCAGACGGGUCGCAAGACCUGGACGUUCUGCGGAACGCCCGAAUACGUGGCCCCCGAGGUGAUACUGAAUCGUGGCCACGACAUAAGUGCGGACUAUUGGUCGUUGGGUGUCCUAAUGUUUGAGCUGUUGACGGGUACCCCUCCGUUUACGGGCUCCGAUCCCAUGCGCACAUACAACAUCAUACUUAAGGGCAUCGAUGCCAUCGAAUUCCCCAGGAAUAUCACACGAAAUGCCAGCAAUCUGAUCAAGAAGCUAUGUCGUGAUAAUCCCGCUGAACGUUUGGGCUAUCAGCGUGGCGGCAUCAGCGAGAUACAAAAGCACAAAUGGUUCGAUGGCUUCUACUGGUGGGGCCUUCAAAAUUGCACACUGGAGCCACCGAUCAUGCCAACAGUCAAGAGUGUGGUGGAUACCACAAACUUCGAUGACUAUCCACCCGAUCCGGAGGGUCCACCCGCAGAUGAUGUCAGUGGAUGGGAUAAGGAUUUCUAGUUUGGAUUGGAAUAUUUUUCGUGUUUCCUAGACGAUGCUCUCUCUCUAUGCGUCUGCUACAAUCAUAAACAAAAAAGGAGAACAAACAGGAAAAUAAAGAGGAAUGGAGAAUACAGAAGAAUUGAUCUUAAGUGCGCCAUAUGUACGCCAAAGCCAACAGUCAGCAGCUUUAAUCCCAAAGCUGCCACCCAGUCCCCAAGAGUAGCAGUCGCACAAAGCACAACCCACACACACAUCGGCUCAUCGUCUUAGCAUAUAUUUAUGUAUCCUUAUGAUGUGCAACAGAAUGAAUUUAUUAACGAGUUUAUAACUAUUAUUAUGUACUGAGAAUGGGAUGUCUAGUUUUCGUUUUUGGAAUUGAUGUAAAUUGUAAGUAGGUGGGAGCUCUGCUCUGCUCUGUCAUUGUAAAAAUUCUUUUCUAUCUGUAUAUCUACGACUAUAUAUUAUUAACAUAACGACAUAUUAUUAUUAUUAUUCAUUGUUAAUGUAUCACACACACGCACACACACAAACAAACACAUACAAAUCGGGUUGCCUUAUAGUCUUUAAGAGUAUAUUUUAAUGCAACAUAUGACCAAGAACGAUUUUUUAAUUUCAUGUCUCCCCUCCCCCAUAAUAUUUGUUACUUUUUCCCCAUAAUAUUUCUUAUAUCUCUUCUAACUUUCAUUUAGUUCUAGCGAUCAUUUCUGUUAUUUGUACGAAUAAUAAUGCCUUUUAAAUUGUCUUUUUUAAGUAAAA